AAUAGCAGGAACAAAAGCGAAUAUGGGAUAUUCAACGUGGGAGAUGGAUGCCCCGUCAGGAGUUGUUCGACGAUGGAGAAGCCACGACUAGUCUAGGGCUUAGUAGCACUCGUGGCAAAUUUCGCCACCACAAAUAUCCAAUUUCAACAACUAUAACCUACGUACAUCCCACUUCUCCUCAAUAUUCAUCUCUAUAAAUUACGAAAUUUUACCUUUUCCCCGUUGCCCAGCUCACUUUUAGAUUAAAGACAACCGGCUGCGCUAGACAUUUAUGUACGGGCACGAGAACACAAUUCUUCUUGCUGCUACUUUCACAUGUAGGGUUAAGUAAUAUUUAUGAAAAUCUUAAGGCUACAGGAAGAACUAGGUUUUCUUUUCUCUAUAUAUAAACUCAUACUGCACUCACAACUAUAGCUAGCCAGUGUAUAUAUAUAUAUAUAUAUCGAGUGGGCCGUCUACCGUUAGUUUGCAUAUAUAGAGAAAUGGGGAGAGCGCCUUGCUGCGAGAAAGUGGGUCUCAAAAGAGGAAGAUGGACGGCCGAAGAAGACGAGAUACUUAGAAAAUAUGUCGAGGCCAAUGGCGAAGGCUCUUGGAGAUCAUUACCCAAGAAUGCAGGGCUGCUUAGGUGUGGAAAGAGUUGCAGACUGCGGUGGAUUAAUUACUUGAGAUCCGACUUGAAGAGAGGCAAUAUUUCUGCUCAAGAGGAAGAAAUCAUCAUCAACCUCCACGCGUCCCUGGGCAAUAGGUGGUCUUUGAUAGCGGGGCACUUGCCGGGCCGAACUGACAAUGAAAUAAAGAACUACUGGAAUUCUCAUUUGAGCAGAAAAAUACAAAGUUUCCGGCCAACCAAAUUCAUUCCACCAGCGGUGGCAGCGGCGGUCAGGAGAACCGGAAGGCGAACUGCUCGAUCAGUCGCAAAGAAGAACAAAAAUAGCGAGCUUAAAGGGGGCGGCGGAGCAGCAAAUACGCCAGUCCCGAUGCCAACUACCCCAACUCCAGAGAAAGAGGCAUUGUCCAGUACCGCUGAAUGGCAAGAUAAGGACAACAGCUGUAAUGUUAUUCCGGAGUCGUCCCCACUGGAAGAAAGAUUAAUGGAGAGCCUGGGUGCAGCAGGGACAGAAGAGAGCGAAAUCAGGAACACGACUCCAGUAUUUUCCGUGACUGAGGAGAUGGAAAUGGAGAACGGGGAUUUAUGCCUGGAUGAUAUUAUGGAGGAUUUGAAUGGGAUUGUGGGUUUGGAUGAGGAGAGAGAGAGCCCAGGAAAGAUUGAGGAGAGAGAAUCGGAAAGUUGCCGGAAUGUGGAUUCCGGGGAAAAGGGAAGUUCAGGGAAUGGGAAUCAUGUUGUUGAUGAUAGGGGAUCAUGGAAGAGCAUUGGCGAGUGGAACUUGAUGAGCUCUCCGGGGAAUUCAUGGGAAUGGGAUUGGUGUCAUGAUGAUGAUACCUUGCGGGGCGGGAACGAGGAAUGGGGACAAGAAGAGAACACGUUGUCUUGGCUUUGGGAUGGUGACACCGCAACAGGAGACUGUACUGAUGGAGACUCCGAAAUGGACCGACGACGUGAAAAGCAUAAUGCAAUGCUUUCAUGGCUUAUGUCAUGACUAUACUCUCAUUUCCAUUCUGGCCGGCUAACUAGGGUUGGGAAAGGAAACUUUUAGGUCUAUGUUUUAUUGUGGCAGAAAUUCAAGAAAAAUCAUGUGAUAAUUAAGUUAGAGUUCUUUGUUUGUAAUGUGAUUGGUCGCAAUUUAACUAAAAUUUCUGCUAUCAA